AUGGAAACACCAAAACGGGUGUCUCGACGAAGUUCAACGGAAUCGAAUGUCGCCGAAACGCCAGAAACCCCAGCUAGGCGUCGUUCUUUAGAAAAAGUUCAGUUCUGCACGAGAGCCGAGUCAGGUAAAUUCUUUAGAGAACUUUUUUGGUAUUAAAUCGAUAAAUCCAUUCAGGAAGGUUAUUACAUUGUUCGCCAAAGGCGGCUAGACCAUUUACCACGCCAGUUUUGAAAGGAAAAGGAUCUUCGCAUAAAAAUGAAAAAUUAACGGAGAAUAUUUCACCGCCGUGUAAGUUUCUGCUCAAUUUUAUGCAGAGCUUUGUUUUUUUCAAAGUUUUUAUUCGUAAAAAAAUGAUGUUCAUACGAAAUUUUUCGAAAAAAAAUUAUUCGAAUAAAGAUUUUUCCAAACCUCUUAAAAGAAAUAAAUAUAAAAAUGUUUUAUAGCUAAUUUCUACUUUAAAGUUUUUUUAAAAAAAGAGACUUUUGGGCCGAAAUUGACAAUUUUAUUGUCUGAAUUCUUUUGAAACGAGAAAAUGGCUCGAAAUAAAAUUUUUGGUUGAUUUUAUUCAUUUUGAAGCUCUUUUUAUCCUCAUCAAUGAGUUUCUCUCUUUGACUUUUUUUCAAAAAAAUCUUGAAAAAAAUUCACCUUUUUAUGAAGUAUUGUAUGUAUUUUUUUGUCCCCUUUAUGGAAUUUUAAAAAAAUUUUUUUUUUCGAAGGAUCAUUUCGAAAGUUUCAAGGUCCCUUUUUAACUCUGUGAUUUUUGAACCAAACUUUAAAAAAUUUCUUGUAACUGUAUUUUUUUUUUUCAAGCCCCUUCACGAAAAAGGACGUGUGAGGAUGCAUUACUCACACCGAUCCUUGUCAAAAACCCGCCGAUCAUCAAACGAAGUUCCACUUCGAUUUUGGUAGUUCCAUAGAAGGAAAAUCAUCAAUUUUUGCGAAUAUUCAGUCGGAAGAUUUCGUCAAAGCGACAAAUCUACUCAACGGAAUGCAUAGAGAGUGCAAGGAGAAUGAAAUUCCCGUGGUUCCAACGAAAAUCGAUCGGAAAUCACCGGAGAAGGAGGAAAUUCGAGUGGAAAUACCCGUUAUUUCAACGCCUUCCGUUAUAAAUUGUCUGCCGAAGGAGGUCCUGGACAAGUAUAUGCAUUUGAAGAAAAUGUCGCGGUUUUAUGGUUGGUGUGACGCGAUUUUUAAUGAUAACUAUUAAGAGAAAAUCUGUUAAUUCAAGUCUUGAGACUCAAAUUUUGUUAUUUCUUGAAUUUUUUCACUGAAAUACAAAGAGUUUUGAAUUAAAAUCGAAAAUACUUCCUUUAUUUUACAUGCCCCUAUAGGGACCACUUAAUCUUGAGACGUCAAGGGGUCAGAUCCUAAACCCUUAUAGGGACCACCUUGAUUUUACACCUGUAGGGACCACUUUUUCGACCUCUAUAUGGGUUCUUUUCCCUCCUAAUCCCUAUAGGGAUCACUCUGGAAUUCCUAUGUAGCGGUGGAUUUAUUUUAUGAGUUUCAAACCUUUACAAUCAAUAAAUCCAUUGUAAAAGAUAGGAAAUGACUUUUUUGCUCAUCUGGGAAAAUUUUUAGUGGCCACUAUAGUAGUCAAAUUAGUGGCCACUUGAGGGGUUAAAAAUUAGUGCUACUAUUAGGUCACUAAAAAUUUUAGUGACCACUUUAGGGGUCAAUGGAUCAACAUAACUAGUCCAAUCUGUUUGUUUUAAAAUUAUCAGAGUUGCUGGAAGGAAUACUGAAUGAAAAACUACUUAAGUGGUCACUAAUUAGAGAACCUCUAUAGUGGCCACUAAAACGGAAAAUUGUGGGCACUGGAGGUGAGUUUAGUCGUCACUUUAGUAUCCUCUCCAAUAAUCCUUGGCCAGCCCCUAUAGUGGCCACGAAACAUUUUCCCAGAUUUUCCUAGUUUUAUUUGAAGAUAUCCAUGUCAGGUCCGAAUAUCCUUAUUUUAGACUGGCAAGUCGAAUGUCUGGCCGAUCCGAGGCUUCUCCGUGGUACAAAUUGUAUUCUUUCAUUACCCACCGGUGCCGGUAAAACCCUGGUCGCUGAGGUACUUGUAAAUUUGAAACAGCUUGAAAAUUCACCGGCUAGUCUUUUUCAUGAAUGGCUGUUAAAAUAAAGUAAGAUUGAGGAAUUCUUUUUAUUGUGUUUAAAGGGACAUAGACCUGUUAAUUAAAGGUCUUGAAGCGAAAAAUAGUUUUUAGUGCUUCUUCGAGGUCAUGUUGACUUUUAUGAACCCUAGCAAGAGGAUUAAAUGGCAAUUAUCCGGAAAAGUAACGUUUUUACCUAGGUUUUGAUGCUCCGAGAAGCGAUCGUGAACCGUAGAAACGCUCUGUUGGUCCUGCCAUAUGUUGCGAUUGUACAGGAAAAGGUAAAAAAUACGGGGUGACUUUAGAAGAAAAACGGAAAAAGGUCGAAAAAAGCCUGUACAGAUUUGAAUAUCAAGUCCAAUGACGUCAUUCGGAAAGGCUCUGUGAAUGGCUCGCUUUUUGAUUGGUUUGCUGAGCCAUUAAGGGCGGAGCUUGAGCGACGACUUGAAAUUCAAAAUCUGAGCAGACUAUAUAGUUUGUACAGAAUUUUCAAGUACAAUGACAUCAUUUGGAGAGGCUUUGUGAAUGGGUGGACUUCCUAACCAUGGCUGAAAUUUGGCAGAUAGUUUUUUUUUGUUUUGUUCCGAUGCUUAGAAGCCUUGAAACUUCAAGUUAAAGGAAACGUGACAAAGUAGAUUGAAGAGGUCACUUAAGAACACUUAGCAGCCCUAGAGGGAACCCUUGAAUCUUUCAGUCGUCAAAUUAGCUUUGAACACGCCAUCAAAGUUUUUUCCGGGUUUGAACGUCAAGCUCCGCCCCUAAUCAACCAAUCAGAGAGCAAGCCGCCCACAGAGCAUUUUCGAAUGACGUCAUUGGACUUGACAUUCGAAAUCUGAACCAAAAGAAUUUUCUAACCAAAAAAAAAAGCUAGAAAUUAAGAUAUCAGCCCUGGCUCCGUUCGAAGAGACCUUUGGGAUCAGUAUCGAAGAGUAUGCGGCUAAUAAAGGUGAAGCUUUUUGGCCGCACUUGGAAUGGUUCAAGCGUCGAAAUUAGAGUGGAAUCGGGUAUUAAGCUGAUUUAGACAGGCGAGAGCCAUCAAAAAAGGGUCCUGACCCGAUAAGAAAGAGAUAGUGCUUAAUUUAUGGAGAGCGCAGACAGGCCACGCCCCCUCAGCGUCCCAAGUUAACCGUGAAUCGGCUAUACAGGCGUUCUAGUGAACUUUGCUCUGUUAAAACUUUGAGUUGGUUUUUUUUUUGAUUUACGCGCAAGUCGUUUCUGGUCGGUCGCGUCAAGCAUUUUCAUUUUUAAGCUGACUUUUUCCGAGUUCUACUCACAAAUCAUUAAUGAGUAGUUUGAAGGGCGCUUUUGCGAUUACUCCCCUAUUUCAACUUGUUGAAUCCUAUUUCUUUUGAAAAACAAAAUUAUUCAGGGAGAUUCCCACCGAUUAAAAGGCGCCAACGCGUCUCCGUGUACGUUGCCACCAUUGAAAAAGUUGACUUUUUGAAUUUUCUCAGUAAAAGUUUUAUUUUAGGCCAACAUGUUAAUAAACUCCCUGGUUUCUGAAGGGAAAUUGGACGAUUUGGGGCUCGUCGUAGUGGAUGAGGUUGGUCAUCCAAGCUCAUAACAUUUUUUUUUAAAUCUCUGAUUGGCUGGCUCCGCCUUCUUUUUUCCUCUAGUCAAUCCCAGAAGAUGUUCGUUGGAGCGAAGUUGACCUGAUUAGCUUGAAAUGAAAAAUAUAAAUCAUUUCGGAAGAGACGUGAAUGAAGUUGGUCGAAUUUCCAGAAGCUAGAGAGCACUGAUAAACCAGAGAGGUUAGAGAAAAAAAAUACACGAACUCUCAUUUUUGAACGCUCUCUAACUUUAGAUAGCUAGACGGAUUUGAUAGACAAGAGAGGGUUUAGAGUAAAAAAAAAAGCGCACCCUCUCAAUUUUGAACGCUCUCUAAAUUUUGGAAGCUAGAGAGCACUGAUAAACAAGAGAGUGUAGAGAGAAAAAAAGCGCACCCUCUCAUUUUCGAAUGCUCUCUAACUUUUGAAAGCGAGAGAGCACAGAUAAGCAAGAGAGAGUUUAGAUAAAAAACACUCACUCUCUCAAAUUUGAACGCUCUCUAACUUUCGAAAGCUAGAUAGUAGUGGUAAAUAAGAGGGUUUAGAGAAAAAAAAAUCCUUUCCAUCUUCUAAAGCUGUAUCACUUUCUAAAGCUAAAGAGCAGUGGUAAACAAGAGGGUUUAGAGAAAAAAAAAAACUAUGUGCCCUCUCAAUUUUGAACGCCCUACCACUUUAGAUAACUGGAAGACACUGAAAAAAGGGAGAGUUUAGAGAGAAAAAAAACAUUCUCUCAAUUUAAAACGCUCUCUAACUUUCGAAGAUUCAAACGUAUGAAGUUAAGCUUCACAUGAUUGGCGACGGUGAUCGAGGCGCAACUAUAGAACAACUCUUGUCGAAGUUCUUAUUCAAAGGUUUUUUUUAUUUUUUUAUUUUUUAUGUCCCUUAAUUUUAGGAAGCGGUCAGGUUGUUGGCAUGUCGGCUACCUUACCGAAUAUGGAACAAUUAUCGGCUGCCUUACGGGCUUUUGUUUACUCGACUGACUUUCGACCGGUUCAGUUUUCGAUAAUAAUAACUAUGGGAGUUCAGUUUGUUCCAGAAGUGUAGAUGAAAUUAAAAAACUGGGUCAAUUGAGCCUUCUCAGACCUCGGUAACGCGUCCCGGACUUUUCUAGGGCUCACUUUAGCGCCCUCAGCUCUUUUUAGUGGACCCUCUAGUGAAUUUUAAAAGAAGCCCGGCCAGUUUGCGUUAUAGUCUGUUCAGAUUUUGAAUUUCAAGUAGAAUGACGUCAUUCGAAAACGCUCUGUGGAUGACUCGCUCUCUUAUUGGUUUAUCGCGCCAUUAGGGGGCGGAGCUUGAGUGAGGACUUGACAUUUGAAAUCUGAACAGACUAUACCGUUGCCCGACGUGAUACAAAGGAUAUGUUUUUAUGGGCCCGGGUUACGACUAAAAUAAAUAUUGGAUGGUAGUUUUGUCCAUGUGAAGUUGCUUUGAAGUUAAUUUAUCAGAAAAUUGACCUUGAGAGGCUUCAAAAUGGAUCUGAGGUUGAGCAGUUCAGAUUUAAUAUAAUAACGAGACCAAAAAAGAGUCCUAUAAGCGUAUAGAGCUGUGAAAAAUCUCGUAUAUCUUAGGAAAAGAAUUUAGGUGGCUCUGGUGGAAUACGUCAAAAUUGGGCGGACAAUGUGGAAGGUUCUGCCCGGCGGGAGGCUGGUUUUCGACGCGGAUCUGCCCGAUAAUGUUGGAAUUUUUUACUGAAAAAUUACUUGAAUUGAAAAAGGAAAAAAACCUUGAAAAACUGAGAAACUUUGAAGGGGUCUCUAUAGGGAUCCCUCCAAAAUUACGUAAAGUAGCUUUUGGGCGAUCGGUGAUUGAAGGCGCAAGGAGAAAUGUUCAAAGUAUCGUGUCACGAAAAUUACAACAAUUAUCUAAGAGUUCCUAACGUUUUUAAAUAUUUUCUGACUUAUUGUAGAGCUUUACAUGUCGUUGCGGGUUUUUUGAAGCCUUUAUAGGCUCCUUUGCCAAAAAAUCUUUUCCAGAAAAACUCAAAAUUAGACCCCGACGGUGUCUGUCAACUGCUCCAAAGCCUUCUGCCCAACAAAUCGGCCAUAAUUUUCUGUCCCAACAAGAAGAAUUGCGAAAAUGUGGCCCUUCUCAUUGCAAACUCGCUUCCACCGUGAGACGGAUUUCAAGAAGGAUUAAAGAAUUUUCAGAAAAUUUCAGGUCUUUACGGGAAAAGAACGCUUUGGAGAAGAAGAAGCUGGUGGCGAGCAUCUACGAGGACAAUGAUGGCAAGGUUUGGUCAGAAAUCAAUAUUCUUCAUCUUCCAACGAAUUAGUACCUCCUGAUGGUAAAGUUGAUAGGACAAGAUCCUUUCCUGAUAUCACUGAUGAUAUCUGGUUCUAGUGAUCUAUCCGUCUUUUUUUGAAGUGGUUUCCCACGACCUAUAUUUCUUAAAACUUGGGUCGCGACGGGGAUCGAACUUGUGACCCUGCAAACCGUAGACAGGCACACAACCUGUUGCGCUACGGCGCGCCGCCUCAUCCCAACUCUUCAAUGAAAAAACUGAAUUCUGUAUGAAGGGAAACUGGCACCUAUCCGACCUUGUAA